AUGAAUGUCACCCUUUACUCUGAGUUCAUCAUUGUGGGAGUGCCAGUACUACAGGAGCACUACAUUCCUCUCUUCGUCGUCUUCCUCAUCAUCUUCCUGGCCACUUUCUUGGGUAAUCUACUCAUUGUGGUGUUAGUGGCCCUGGAUCACCGGCUCCACACACCCAUGUACUUCUUCCUCUGGAACUUGGCUGUCAUAGAUGUUCUAUUGACUGUUACUAUUAUACCUAAAUUGUUAGUAGUGCUCUCUGGUCAUGACAGGACUAUAUCCUUCUCAAGCUGUUUUGCACAGAUGUACUUUUUUAUCUCAUUUGCAGCUGUUGAAGUUUUCCUUGUUGCAGUCAUGGCUUAUGAUCGCUAUGUUGCUAUAGUGAAACCUCUACAUUACAACACCAUCAUGAGCAGUAAGGUCUGUUUUACAAUGACGGCCUCAGUUUGGGUGCUGGGUUUCCUUGUGCCCUUAACAUCUGUAGUACUGGCAAGCACUUUGCCAUACUGUGGAUCAAAUCUCAUCCUGCACAUUGUCUGUGACUACCCCACUGUAAUAUCAUUAGCCUGUGGUGAUGUCAUAGCACAAGUGGAUUUUGCACUGUUUCUUGCCAUGGUUGUAAUUUACAUUCCUUUCCUCUUUGUCCUGUGGACCUACUACAAAAUUGUGUGGUCAGUGAUAAAAAUGAAAACUAUGGAGAGCCGUAAGAAGGCCUUCUCAAUGUGCUCUUCACAUGUGACUGUGGUCUUCCUGUACUAUGUGUCCACUGCCAUGGUGUAUAUUGGGCUGAGAGUGGAGAGUAUCCCUCCUGAUGGUCGCAUCUUCAUUGGUGCAGUGUACUAUUUCCUUACCCCUUUGGUCAACCCCAUCAUUUACAGCUUAAGAAAUGAAAAAAUCAAGGCAGCAGCUGACAAAUACUUGAGGCUAAAGACCCCUUUCUAG